ACAUCAGACAGGCGCAGCAACUCCCAUUGAAGAAGGGGCUGAGUGGAGCUAGUGCUGAUAUCUCCUCUCACAGGGAGCUCACAGACACACAGCCUUAGAUUUAAUAAGACAGGACCAUGUGCACAGAUCUCCUCCACAAACUAGUCACUCUGGGGCUGGUGUUCGCAACCUUUGAUGCAGUUUUGGGCACAGAUGCCACUGAUCUGCCUGAGAGCACCCAGGAGAAGCUGGCCACCCAGCAGAAGGGGAGGCUGUCCCUGCAGAACACAGCCGAGAUCCAACACUGCCUGGUGAAUGCUGGAGAUGUGGGAUGUGGAGUUUUUGAAUGCUUCGAAAAUAAUUCCUGUGAGAUCCGUGGCCUGCAUGAGAUCUGCAUGACCUUCUUGCACAAUGCUGGCAAGUUUGAUGCCCAGGGAAAGUCGUUCAUAAAAGAUGCCCUAAAAUGCAAAGCACAUGGACUGAGGCACAAAUUUAGCUGCAUCAGCCGGAAGUGCCCUGCUAUUAAGGAGAUGGUCCUUCAGCUCCAGCGGGAAUGUUAUGCCAAGCAUGACCUUUGCUCUGCUGCCAAAGAAAAUGUCCAAGUGAUUGUGGAGAUGAUUCGCUUCAAAGACCUCCUGUUACAUGAACCUUAUGUGGACUUGGUGAAUGUCCUGCUGACCUGUGGGGAUGAAGUCAGGGAUGCAAUCACACACAGUGUGCAAACGCAGUGCGCACAGAGCUGGGGAAGCCUGUGUUCCAUCCUUAGUUUUUGUACCUCCACUAUACAGGGGGAUGGGGCAGUUAUCUCCAGUUCCAGCCACCCGAAGAAGCAGGGAGAGUCUAGCAAGUCUUCCCGUAACCACAGUGAGUCUCUUCCUCAGUCGGAAAUGGAUCGAGAUGGCACCAAAGCUAAAAAUGACAAGGAGAAAAAUAUCAAAGGGCAUCCAAAUGUCCAUGCCCGUACUAAGACCGGUUAUAAUCCUAAAGUAGUAUAUAGCCCCCCGGAGCGCUCUGAUGAACCGGCUGGUUUAUCAGAUAUCAGGAGGUGAAAUGGUACAACCACAGUCUCGAUGUGUCCUUCCAGUGAAAAAUAUAUCAUAACCUUUCUAUUGACAUUCCAAAGCAUUAACUAUUCAAGAGGACAAUGGUCCAGUGUAUUCGUGGAUUCAACGGCACCAUCCCAGGCUCUUGUGAGGCGGAUGGGGCAUUUU